AUCGUCAUCGUCAGUUGCACACCUCUUCAUUGAGCAGUGGAUUCAGCAUGGCCAGCUUCUUCGACCUCAAGGCCAGAAAGGCCGCCGCUGCAAACGGAACUUCAUCGCAGAAACACGACAAGCCGGCCGACGUGCGAGUACAGCCCUGGGUCGAGAAAUACCGUCCCAAGAGCUUAGACGAUGUCACAGCGCAAGAUCACACGGUCACGGUUCUCCAGAGAACACUGCAAGCUUCAAAUCUUCCGCACAUGCUAUUCUACGGCCCUCCCGGCACGGGCAAAACCUCGACCAUCCUGGCCCUUGCCAAGGAGCUCUACGGCCCCGAGAUGAUCAAGUCCCGAGUUCUCGAACUCAACGCGUCCGACGAGCGUGGCAUAUCGAUCGUUCGGCAAAAGGUCAAAGAUUUCGCGCGGAUGCAAUUGACCAACCCGCCGCCUCAUUACAAAGACAAAUACCCCUGUCCACCGUUCAAGAUCAUCAUCCUCGACGAGGCCGAUUCCAUGACACAGGAUGCCCAGAGCGCCCUGAGACGGACAAUGGAGACGUACAGCAAAAUCACGCGCUUUUGUCUGAUCUGCAACUACGUCACCAGAAUCAUCGACCCCCUGGCCAGUAGAUGUAGCAAGUUCCGCUUCAAGAGUCUGGACCAGGGCAACGCAAAGAAGCGGCUCGAGUCAAUAGCAGAGGCAGAAGGUGUGGCGCUCGAAGACGGUGCUGUGGAUACACUCAUCAAGUGCAGCGAGGGUGACUUGCGAAAGGCCAUUACUUAUCUUCAGAGUGCUGCCCGAUUAAUUGUCGAGGACAUUGCCGGUGUGAUUCCUGAUGCCACUAUUGGCGAUCUCGUCAAGGCUAUGCGUCCUCGUACAUCAGGCCAGACAUAUCAGUCCAUAUCCAAGGUGGUCGAGGACUUGGUAGCAGAUGGCUGGAGUGCCGGCCAGCUUUACCAAGAUCUUGUUUUCGACGAGACAAUCCCCGACAUUCAAAAGAACAAGAUUGUCCUCGUCUUCUCCGAAAUAGACAAACGACUUGUUGACGGAGCGGACGAGCAUCUCUCAAUUCUCGAUUUGGCAAUGCGGAUAGCGGCCAUCUUGUCUGAAAAAUAG